UUACCUUUAAUUGCUGAUAAUGAUAAUUGAGUAAUCGGCCGAGAAUUUAAGGCCGACUAAUAAAUUUGGCUAAUGCAUGGGAACCGUGAGAGAAAAACACAUGUCACACUUAAUGUGGCAGUGACAAUCCAGACAACAGCAAAUAAAAAUCCUCGCGGAUCGAGCGAUCUGAGAAGUCAGUUUACCUUCGCUGCUCUUUCUAAACAUGGCCAAACUCUCUGGAUGAAAUUUUACAAACGUUACUGAGAUGACAGCACAAGGCGACACACCAAAUCUCGCUCAAGAAGUCAGUAUCAUCACUAUCAUCAUUAACGGCAUCACUUGUCCCUUUACAGUUCUGUUUAAUGUGCUAGUGAUAAUGGCCGUGAAAAGAAGACGAAGACUCCAAAGCAACCCUAACAUCUUGUUGGCCUGCUUAGCGGCAACUGACGCACUAACUGGUCUAGUAGUACAGCCAUCGUUUAUCGCAUGGAAAACAUUUUAUCUCCUUAAUUAUAAUGGUAUCGAAAGAAGCGUGGCUGAAGGUUUUCACAAGUUCUUUUUGCGCGCCUUGACUGUCUGUUCGUCGCUUCAUCUGAUUUUGAUCACUUGCGAGAGGCUAAUAGCAAUUAAAUUUACCAUGAGCUACCCAUACAUUGUCACCAACCGGAAAAUCACGGUUGCAGUACUCAUUUUUUGGGCGUUUUCUUUUAUCCAAGGUAUUGGAUAUUUUUCCAAUAACGUCAUUUUAAGAGUUGCAUUUAAUUUAAUACUUUCUUUGGCUAUGACCUUCUGUAUCCUUUUUAUCACCAUAACCUAUGCUGUUUUGUACCGUGAAUCACGCCGCCACCAAAGCAUGAUGAAAGCCCAACAGCUACCCCAAGAAGAAGUGGAAAGGUUUGUUAAAGAGAACAAAGUGCUCAAGACCACUGCGUUCGUAGUGAGCGCUGUAUUGCUAAGUUUCCUUCCAAUGGCCUUAGGCUUAGCUAUCUUAUCAAUGGUAUUAGGAGUGAGGAGAGAUUUAAACUUGAACGCUGUGUUUGUUGUAUGGGUGCCGUUGGCUCGCACCUGCGCCGUAUUAAACUCGCUACUGAAUCCGUUGAUAUAUUGUUUGCGGCAAAAAGAAAUGAGAAAAUUUGUGUUUCGAGUUCCAUGCAAGCCUGUUGGACCCGCUAUGAACUGAACUGAGCAUUGAAAGAGGGCUUGAAAAACAGUACCUUGUAGAAGAGAACUAGCGAUGGUGUAAUCGCCACGCGGGCGCUGGGUUGACAU